ACUUAAAUACAUUAACUAUGCCUAAUGAUGUAAUUGAGUAGGUAUGGCAAUACUUUAGUUUUCAUGCCACUCUUCCCAUCUGGUAGCUGUUACAUACGUUGAUGAAUUGAGCCUGAAAUUACAGUCAGAUUCCCGUGGCUGAACCUGAACAUGUAAGAAUCAUGACUGAAACUGCAGUUUGUAUUGGAUCAUUCUCUGCUGUGAAGACACUUUGGGAAGUAAGAAUACACAAGAUAAAUGAAGAAUUACAGAAAGAAAAGGAAUUCAGACAGAGGCUACUGCUUGUCUGGGAGGAGAGAGCGGCUUUAGCAAAGCUCAAAGAAAAAAUAAUUAAUGAAGAUGGAAGAGCAAUUUUAAGGAUAGAAGAAGAAGAAUGGAAGACAUUACCUUCAUGUUUAUUGAAACUACUCCAUCUCCAGGAAUGGCAGCUUCACAGAACUAGCUUGCAGAAAAUUCCUCAGUUCAUUGGAAGAUUUCACAAUCUUGUUGUUCUGGAUCUAUCCCGGAAUUCGAUAGAAAGUAUACCUAAAGAAAUUGGCCAGCUGACUAGCCUCCAAGAGCUGCUUCUCAGUUACAAUAGAAUAAAGUCAGUUCCUAAAGAAAUAAGUAAUUGCAUCAGCCUGGAAAGAUUGGAACUGGCUGUCAACAGGAAUAUCUGUGAUCUCCCUUCUCAGUUAAGUGAAUUAAAGAAGCUUUCACACAUAGAUUUGUGCAUGAAUCAGUUUACUACCCUCCCUUCAGCUCUUCUCAACAUGCCAAAUCUAGAGUGGUUAGAUAUGGGGGGAAAUAAACUCCAGGAGCUUCCUGAUGCAAUUGACAGAAUGGAAAAUCUCCAUACCUUAUGGCUCCAAAGGAAUGAAAUAAACGCUUUGCCAGAAACCAUUGGUAAUAUGAAAAAUCUUAGUACUCUUGUUCUUAGCAACAACAAACUUAAGGAUAUUCCUGCUUGUAUGAAGCACAUGACAAAUCUGAGAUUUGUCAACUUCAGAGACAAUCCACUGCAGUUAGAGAUCACACUCCCUCCAUGUGAGAAUACAGAAGAGGAGGAGCAACAGGAAAUGUACGGCAUUGAAUUCAUGCACUUGUAUAUUCAGGAGUCACUGAAGAAAACAGGUAUGGUUUCUUUUCAAAUUCCAAUCCCUCUGGAAUAGAGUGAGGAAGG